AUGUUGCUAACAAGCUGUCACUUGUCUACCGAAAGGCCGAUUAAAACGAAAAAAAUAACCGAAAACACGUUCUUACUUACUUAUUUUAACGGUGACGUCAGCGAUCAGGUGGACGAGCACUUCCGGCGGGCGAUAGAAUUGGGUCAGAACAAAGUUCAAGGUCGUUGUCAGGGUAACCCAGAUUGGAGGAAGCACAGGCAGUUCAUGCUGGCCAAUAGGAGAGUAAAAAAUUACGACGAUGAUGGCAAAAACGAUAACAACAACAACCUUUCAUCUUUGCAAACGAUAGCAGAGGAGUACAACAUCAUAUACAAUGGAGAUACCAACAGUAACUGCAACUUCAAUGUCAUCAACAACAAUAAAAACGUCACAAAUUACGUCACAAGUGACAAACAAGCAGACGAGAAUACUUCAUCAAAAACCGGAAAUGAACUCGUUGCCAUAGAUGACGUAAAGUGUCGCCUGUGCUACGGCGGGUUUUAUUCUCACUCAUGUACCAGCAACAACCACAACAACGAUAACAGCCGAUUAAAAUCAUGCUGCUACGACAAACAACAACAACAACAUUUCGACUGCCAGGUCGACAAACUCAACUGCUCAACAACGAAACAACACUUCAGCCAACUACAAAACAACAACAACACAAAUUUCUAUUACAAUUUAUCACCUCAAAACAUCAACAGCAAUAACAUCAUCAUCAACAACAACAACAAUAGCAUUCUACAGCAACAACAACGAAACUACACCAAGUAUCCGCCCCAACCUGCACUGGCCAAGAUAGCGGCAAGUUGUCGGUUCGCCGGUUUACCGACAUUUGGCGUUGUCAGACGACGCAGUUUUACCGAAGAGUUUGCCAUCGCUCCGAUACCGACAUUCAACUUUGACUACUCAGCUAAUAAUAACACGUUCGGCUUUGAUCUACAGGCAGGCAAUCCUGGAUUCGGUUUCGAUGUUUCGCCGGUACCGAACAUCAUACCGAUUCGGUCCUACACGCAAGGGGAUGCAGCUGCUGCAUCUGCUGUUAACGGCUACUUCUAUCCGACUGGCGAUCUGUACGACGAUAACAACUGUAAGUAUUUCAAUAAAAACGUCAACUUAUGUUACGGGAGCAAGAGUUAUAACAGCGGCAACAACACCGGCAACAAUUUGAUGAGUUGCAACAAUGCUAACAACGUUGGCUACGUUGAUUAUUUCAACAACAUCAACAACGCCAGCAACAAAAUCUGCAACAGCACUUUGUCAAGCGAGUACAAGAAAGCGAGACCUGACACAAAUACCACGUUUAGCAAGAUGACGUCAUUCGUUGAGCCAGACGUCAACAGAAAUACCAUUUUGCAGAACUCAUGGUGAGGCAAUCAGCAGACGAUCAACCCUUGCGCAAAUGUGUAUGUGUAUGUGUCGUACCGUCAAACGUGUUUAUAAACAGUUGUUCUGUAUGUGUUGCAUAUGUAUAUAUUCACUUUCACACAAAAACGCAUUAUUAUUUUAUUUGUUUUCAUUCUACUGUCAAAUAAAUACAAACAUACAUUUAAAAUUU